CUGGUCAGAGGUGAAGUUGCCUCUCUUUGCUCCCGUGUAAACUCUCUAAUCCUUCCUGUGUCUCUAACCGCCUCGCACGUUGCUUGCUCUUAGCAAUGGGCCCGAGUUCAUCGCCAGAAAGCUUUCUGAUGUUCCUCUGGAUUUCAGGGAUCUGUGGUGGACUGGCCCAGGCUGAGCUCAUGAAAAAAGAUAACUGCACCAACUACGAGCUCCUGUUUGAACGGGUGUUCUCUGUCCCCGGGGACGCGGCCAUGCUGAACAGCACCCUGCUGUCUCCGGACGUCUUUGACUUCACCGCCGUCCCGUUCAACAUCACCUGGUUCAGCGCAAAGACGGGACAGGAGAUGAGAAAUGAGGCGGGUCGGAUUCUGGUGCUCCAGGAGACGCUUUGGUUCCUCAACACCACGAUGGACGACGAUGGGGAAUACCUCGCCAUAGUGCGAACUCCUUCUCAGUGCUACAUGCAGGCCGCUAAGCUGGUGAUGGAUCGGCCAGUUGCUGGAGAGUGUGGAAGGCCAAGAAAACAUCCUCGAGAUGUGGUGAAAGACCUGCAAUGCCCCCUGGGAGAUUACAUUCACCAACUGAAGAUCUACGGCAUCGACGUCUCUGUUAACUGGUACAAAGGCUGUGUCCUGAUAUCGAACACAUCAGGCAGUCAUACCAACAGGGACGGGAACUUCCACAAGGUAAAAGCUGAAGGCAGUGGCGCAUACACCUGCACUCUGACCUUUGCCCUGGACGGCGCAACAAGAUCAGUGUCAGAAACCAUUAAUGCAACGGUCACAGAGCAGUACUCCCUGUCUCCACAAAUCCAUGAACCGGAAAAUGAAAUUUUAAAAGCAGCAAAAGGGUCGAAUUUCACAAAGAGGUGUCUGCUGUUUGUGCCCGGUACUGCGAAAAAUUUUGUUUUUGUCGUUUGGUUGAUCCAAAAUACGGUCGUGUUUGAUUCUAAUUCGUCCGAACGCAUCUACACAACAAAGCGGCGUAAGUGGACCCAAGAUGAACCAAGGGGUGAGUGGUCAGAACGGCUGCUUCUCUUCUCAGAAGUGAGGGAGGAGGAUUUCUACCUCAACUACACCUGCAGGGUCUACACUUCCCAAGGCAAAUCAGAGGGAUACUUUACUUUGCUGCCAACAGAUCCGAACAUCAUCCUUCCCAUCAGAUUAGUGUUUGUUGGAGUGACUGUUCUCUUCGUCGUCAGCGUCGCCGUCUACUACGCCUUCAGGAUAGACAUUGUGCUGUGCUUCAGGAGAGCGUUUCCAGUCCUUUACACAAACAAAGAUCUUGAUGGCAAGCUGUAUGAUGCCUAUGUGGCUUACCCCAGUCCUGGUGCCUUUGGGUUCAGUGAGGAGGUGGAAAGGUUCGCCCUGCAGACAUUGCCUGAAGUGUUGGAACAGGCCUGUGGCUACAAACUGUUCAUAGCGGGCCGUGACUGCCUGCCGGGGCAGGCCGUCGUGGACUCUGUGGACGAGAACCUUCAGGCUAGUCGUCGGGUUCUCCUGCUCUACACCGCUUCCACUUUCAUCAAAAAGAGGCACACGAGCAGCACCAGCAGUAACAACAACAAUAUUACGAAGGUUGGCGAGGAGGCUGAUCAAAUCCAAAGUGGGACCAGUGAGGGCAAUGGCGGCGUGGGUUUUGGUGGUGACGACAAGGCGUUUUCGGACACAAGGCAGCAUCUGGAAUGUGUGGCAUCCAUGAACAGAGCGCUGCUGGAGGGCUCCUUAAAGGUCAUUCUGGUGGAACUGGAGGAGAUCACCCCGGCCCAGCUGGCCCUCUUCCCUGAGUCGGUUCGCCACCUGAGGAAGAAACAGGGCGCCGUGUGCUGGUGGAAGGUUCUCCAAACCAGGCAACAAUGGAGGGCAUGGAGAGAGGACGAGGAAAGACGUGGAAAGGACUCACAAGUGUCACCGUCCCUCUCUCCUCGCUCCAGGUUUUGGAAAGAAAUUAGGUAUCAUAUGCCAGUUAGAGGCAAGAGGGCAGUUUAUCCAGAGAAAACUGCCUUGUUGAACAUAUGAUGUUAGAUGUAAAUGCUUGAGUGAACUGGUGCGAUGAAAAAGUUAAAAAAAAAAAAAAAAAGUGUCACUCGAAUGAAUAUGACCUUUUACUUUAUUCUUUUGUAAUGUUAGAAGAAAAUUUCGGUUUAGUCAAAGGUCCAAACCGUUUGACAUGUAGUGACGUCAAAGAAACGUGUGAAGAAUAAUCAGAAGCUGUAAAACCAGCCUAUCUGUCCAUUUGUUGUUAUUUCUAAGUGUUCAUGUAAAGAAGGAAAAAUGUAAAUUGUGAAAGUUAUUAAAGUAUUUGUACAUAU